AUGUCCUUCAUCGAUUCGAUGCUCAAUUCCCAGAAGAAAGUGGGAGAAUUCUACGAUCUCCUGGGUUGCGAUCGAUCUUCCACGGUAUGUGCUGACCCCUGAUCUUUAUCGAAAAUCGUGAAUGUUUCAAUCGCUUAUGCAACAUUAUUCUACUUUUCAAGUCCUAUUCUAGAUUAAACUUAAUAUCGAAAUUCAGGAAAAAAAAUCUUGAUAGAAUCUCAUCAUUCUCAGGCCGAACAAAUCCAAGCAGAGUAUCGAUCGAGGGUUCGCGCAUUCCAUCCGGAUAAAUUUCCAGAAGAGGAGCGGGAACACGCCAACGCAAUGUUCUCAGCCUUGCAGGUAAAAUGAAGAAUUUCACUGAAAAGAAAGCUCACGAUUUGAGAACGCCUAUGCAGUUCUCUGUGACGAUGGGCAACGGAAAGUGUACGACUUGUGGUUGGAAUCUCCGCUUCCCAUGACCUUCGAAAAGUUCUCACGAAAUGCAGAUGCUGUCAAAAUGGUAUUCAUCAAAACUUGAUCUAGUAUCUGUAAAAACGUCAAUGUUUUCAAGUUUUCUUAUCUGUUCAAACUUGUCCUUUUUAACUUGAGAAAUUUCUUAGACGUAGUGUCAGGAAAAGUUUACUCCGAUUCCAACUAAUUUACUUUGAAAACCGAUAAAUUUGUCGAUUUAGCAUGUAUCUAGCUUUUCCAGUCUCUUGCCACAAUUUAGUUCCAAAAAAUCGUUUUAAAUUUCAUAAGUCUCAUUUUUUUUCCAAUUGCGCAAACUCUUCAUUAAUUUUUAUUCUUGAAAUUACAAUUUCAUCUAUUACGCUCUGGUUGCUUGUAGAAUGGCUCAACGCGUGGCAGCUCAAAUGAGAAUUUCCAGUAUUUUAGUUCUUUUCCCCCUUUUUUCAACACGUCAAUUGCGAAAGCGCGCAACCAGUUUCGUGGUCACAGCAGCGCUGAGCCAUUCCCCAUGCGACCUUCAUGUUUCAAGCGACUAUCACUGAGAGAAUGAUUGCAGUCGAUGCAUUGGGUGACGCCGAAACAGCAGCCGAUGAUUUCCCUAUCCGAAUUAAACUCCUCGAAGACGUCGCAGCCGUCGUCAGACCGAUGGACCGACGGGAAACGCUACCAAUCCGACAGCGUCUCCAAAUUCAGAAACUAUCAGUUGUAG